AUGAGCAGCAAGGAAGCACCGAAAGUUGAAGAGAUUUCGGAGAAAACGAAGGAAACGAGAGAUUUGAUUCUCCGUAAUCUUCAGGAAUCUCUUGGAGUCGAUAAACUGACAAAACAAUUGGAAACUGAUGGAAAAGUUGCACAUGUUUAUUGGGGAACUGCAACAACUGGAAAGCCACAUGUUGGAUAUUUGGUUCCAAUGAGAAAGAUUGCUGACUUCCUCCAGGCUGGACUGAAAGUGACAAUUCUCUUUGCUGAUCUUCAUGCAUAUCUGGAUAAUAUGAAAAGUUCAUGGGAACUUUUGAAAAGUCGUGUUGUCUAUUAUGAAUGUGUUAUCAAGGCACUUCUUCAAUCUUUGGAUGUUCCGAUUGAACAAUUGUACUUCAAGAAAGGAACUGAGUAUCAGUUGUCAAGAGAAUACACGGAUGAUGUCCUCCGUCUCAGUGCCCAAGUUUCUCAACGCGAUGCUCUCAAAGCUGGUGCAGAAGUGGUGAAACAAGUAUCAUCUCCGCUUUUAUCUGGUCUCCUCUAUCCACUUCUUCAAGCUCUCGACGAGCAAUAUCUGAAAGUUGAUGGCCAAUUUGGAGGCGUUGAUCAACGAAAAAUUUUCAUUCUCGCCGAAGAGCAACUCCCAAAACUGAAAUUAGGAAAACGCUGGCACUUGAUGAAUCCAAUGGUUCCUGGAUUGACGGGAACGAAAAUGUCAAGUUCAGAAGAGGACUCGAAGAUUGAUGUAUUGGAUGAACCAGAUAGAGUACGGACUAAAAUCAUGGGAGCUGCUUGUUCUAGAGACCAACCUGAUAACGGUGUACUCUCAUUCUAUAAUUUUGUUCUAUUCCCAAUCGUGUCACCGAACGCUAUCGAAAUUUCGAAUCAACAAUUUUUCGAUUUCGAAUCUUUGAAAACGGCAUAUUUGGACGGAAAACUCGAUGAGACUUCCCUGAAAAAAUUCCUCGCCGACUUCUUGGUGAAACUUUUGGAGAAAGUUAGAACCAGAUGUGAUAAUGACGUUGUGAAAGAUGCCAAAGAGAAGGGUUACAGUACUGUUGAAGAUGUCGUCUCCGAAGCUCUAAAAUCCUCACCGAUCCCAGAAUUGAGCACUGAACAGAAAGCUUGGAAGGACGUCCUCGGAGCCGAGCUCCUGAUUCCAGACGAACUUGAUCGAGUUCUUCCAACUAUCAGCUCUUCCAAUCCACUUAAAAUCAUGUUCGUCGCUCAUGGAAAAGGAAAAUUCCAUCUUGGAUUCGUGGCACCUCUUCUGAAGAUCAAGUCACUCCACGAUUCUGGAGUCCCUGUGAAAGGAACCAUUCUUGUGUCCGAUAUUGAAGCGUUUCUGGAUAACGAAAAAGUCUCAUGGGGAGCGAUUGAAGCGAGAGGAAUUUACUAUCGAGAGAUGUUCCUGUCAUUGAUCAAACGUCUGAAGUUAGAAGAUAUUAUCGAAGUGAAAAUUGCUGCGGAACACGAGAAAUACUUUGAUAAAGAUUACGUUCUGGAUUUCUACAAAAUGGCAUCAGCAGUGACGCGUGACGAAACAACAAUCUGUGAAGGAAGUGCUCUUUCAGGAAAUCUUGUUCCUCUUAUUUAUUCUCUAAAUGCUCACAUUCAUCGUCCGGAUCUUCUGAUCGUUGGAAAUGAUUCUACCGUAUUUGCUGAUUUGUCGGCUCGACUUCUUCGUUAUUUCGGAUAUUCUGCUAUCUCUCAUUUAGCUAUUCCAACGGUUCCAGGAUGCAAUGGACAAAAAAUGAGCUGUUCUGUUCUGGAUUUCUUAUUGGAUCCACUGGAUACACCGAAGCAGACAAAGACAAAGAUUGCAAGAAGUUUCUGCGAACCGGGAAAUCUUGAUGGAAACGUUGCAAUGCAGCUUGCCGAGCUCAUUGUCUUCCCACUUCUCAACGGAUCUUGCUUGAAUAUUCCACGUUCCGCUGAUAACGGUGGGGAUGUGUCAGUAUCAAACUACAGAGAACUGGAGCAUGAGUUUGUCACUGGUACCAAUCCAGAGUUCCCACUUCAUCCCGGUGAUUUGAAAAAUGCCGUCGUUGGAGUUAUUAAUGGACUUUUCGAUGGAGUUCGUGCAGAUUUCGCUGAUAAAACUCGGGAGAAAUUGGUCAAAGAUGCUUUUAUGGCUUCGAAGGGAAAGAAGAAAUAG